AUGGUGCACCUCCACACUUCCACCUGGCUGUACGACGGGAACACCUCGACACACAUCUGCCUGGGCGAUGGCUCGGUCGAGCAGGUGCUGGUGAUGACGUGUGGUGCAGCGUUCCUAUUCAGGACCCGUCCUUUUGGUGGUCGCCGCCUCAUGUGUCGAGUGUCCCCGUGCGCACAGCAGCCAGAAGACCAGACCUGUCCACAGCUCACCAGCUGUGACUCGCGGGCGCAGUGGUCGGCUUGCCUGGAGCGUGUUGGCUACGAACACGACCUUCGCCGGGCGAGGCUAGACCUCCGCCACGCGAGGCUAGACCUCCGCCAGGCGUGGCUAGACCUCCGCCAGGCGAGGCUAGACCUCCGCCAGGCGAGGCUAGACCUCCGCCAGGCGAGGCUAGACCUCCGCCAGGCGAGGCUAGACCUGCGCCAGGCGAGGCUAGACCUCCGCCAGGCGAGGCUAGACCUCCGCCAGGCGAGGCUAGACCUCCGCCACGCGAGGCUAGACCUCCGCCACGCGAGGCUAGACCUCCGCCAGGAGAGGCUAGACCUCCGCCAGGCGAGGCUAGACCUCCGCCACGCGAGGCUAGACCUCCGCCAGGCGAGGCUAGACCUCCGCCAGGCGAGGCUAGACCUCCGCCAGGCGAGGCUAGACCUCCGCCACGCGAGGCUAGACCUCCGCCACGCGAGGCUAGACCUCCGCCAGGCGAGGCUAGACCUCCGCCAGGCGAGGCUAGACCUCCGCCACGCGAGGCUAGACCUCCGCCAGGCGAGGCUAGACCUCCGCCAGGCGAGGCUAGACCUCCGCCAGGCGAGGCUAGACCUCCGCCAGGCGAGGCUAGACCUCCGCCAGGCGAGGCUAGACCUGCGCCAGGCGAGGCUAUACCUCCGCCACGCGAGGCUAGACCUCCGCCAGGCGAGGCUAGACCUCCGCCACGCGAGGCUAGACCUCCGCCAGGCGAGGCUAGACCUCCGCCACGCGAGGCUAGACCUCCGCCACGCGAGGCUAGACCUCCGCCAGGCGAGGCUAGACCUCCGCCACGCGAGGCUAGACCUCCGCCACGCGAGGCUAGACCUCCGCCACGCGAGGCUAGACCUCCGCCAGGCGAGGCUAGACCUCCGCCACGCGAGGCUAGACCUCCGCCACGCGAGGCUAGACCUCCGCCACGCGAGGCUAGACCUCCGCCACGCGAGGCUAGACCUCCGCCAGGCGAGGCUAGACCUCCGCCACGCGAGGCUAGACCUCCGCCACGCGAGGCUAGACCUCCGCCACGCGAGGCUAGACCUCCGCCAGGCGAGGCUAGACCUCCGCCACGCGAGGCUAGACCUCCGCCACGCGAGGCUAGACCUCCGCCAGGCGAGGCUAGACCUCCGCCAGGCGAGGCUAGACCUCCGCCACGCGAGGCUAGACCUCCGCCAGGCGAGGCUAGACCUCCGCCACGCGAGGCUAGACCUCCGCCACGCGAGGCUAGACCUCCGCCAGGCGAGGCUAGACCUCCGCCAGGCGAGGCUAGACCUCCGCCAGGCGAGGCUAGACCUCCGCCAGGCGAGGCUAGACCUCCGCCAGGCGAGGCUAGACCUCCGCCACGCGAGGCUAGACCUCCGCCACGCGAGGCUAGACCUCCGCCAGGCGAGGCUAGACCUCCGCCACGCGAGGCUAGACCUCCGCCACGCGAGGCUAGACCUCCGCCACGCGAGGCUAGACCUCCGCCAGGCGAGGCUAGACCUCCGCCACGCGAGGCUAGACCUCCGCCACGCGAGGCUAGACCUCCGCCACGCGAGGCUAGACCUCCGCCACGCGAGGCUAGACCUCCGCCACGCGAGGCUAGACCUCCGCCACGCGAGGCUAGACCUCCGCCACGCGAGGCUAGACCUCCGCCACGCGAGGCUAGACCUCCGCCAGGCGAGGCUAGACCUCCGCCAGGCGAGGCUAGACCUCCGCCAGGCGAGGCUAGACCUGCGCCAGGCGAGGCUAGUCCUCCGCCAGGCGAGGCUAGACCUCCGCCAGGCGAGGCUAGACCUCCGCCACGCGAGGCUAGACCUCCGCCACGCGAGGCUAGUCCUCCGCCAGGCGAGGCUAGACCUCCGCCACGCGAGGCUAGACCUCCGCCACGCGAGGCUAGACCUCCGCCACGCGAGGCUAGACCUCCGCCACGCGAGGCUAGACCUCCGCCACGCGAGGCUAGACCUCCGCCACGCGAGGCUAGACCUCCGCCACGCGAGGCUAGACCUGCGCCAGGCGAGGCUAGACCUCCGCCACGCGAGGCUAGACCUCCGCCACGCGAGGCUAGACCUCCGCCACGCGAGGCUAGACCUCCGCCACGCGAGGCUAGACCUCCGCCAGGCGAGGCUAGUCCUCCGCUAG